CACUGGCGAGUGCGGUCUUCGUCGCUGCUUCGCUCCGGAAUUCUCGAUUCUUACUGAACUGGCUAACGGAAGCGAGCUUAUCUUAACGAAAGUGAAUGUGCGCCCGGGUCAAAAAUAAAAUUGGUCCGCUAGCCAAAAAAAAAGUGAAAAAAUUCAGAAGGAAAUCGACGGUGCAUGGCUAAAUAAAAAUCACUGCACCUGCCUUCCGAGUGCACCUGUUUCCCCCAGUGCCGCCGCCCUCCGCAGGGAACACGUACGCACCUUUGGCAGUGGAUACGCGUAAAAAUGCACCGUGCAUGCCAAGUACAGCGGAGUGCUUGAUAACUUAGUGCCAGCCAAAGGGCCGUAAAAACAAACGAGGCAGAAACAGAAAGAGAAACAGUGCGACCUUGUCUUGUCUUCGCCGGACUUCUUUUUCCGCCAUCCAUCAAAGUCGGACUGAAAAGUCUUGGGAUUACACAUAAAACACAUUUGGAUACAAAAUCUCAUUCGCUUAGAGAUGCUGAAGCACGUGCAAAUCUCGCCGCUGCGGAAUCGUUCCGAUUCGGUGUCUCUGCGCUCCUCCAGCCACGCCUCCUCGUGCGCCAGCUCCAUGUGCGGCAGUCCGGAGCCGCCCACGGAAUUGCAGAGGACUCCCUCAAGGGCCUCCAGCUACUCCAGCCUCAACGAGCAGCCGCCACAGACCACAAUCAAGGUGUACACAAACUGCCUGAAGAUCGACAUCGAGUACAAGACUCUGGGGAUUCAGUGGGACACCACCAGCAAGGAGGUGAUUGCCCAGCUGCUGAGACGCCUCAAGAUGCGCCAACGCGACCCGCGGCUGUUCUACCUGUCCAUGGAGGUCGCUGUGCGCCGGGCCGGAGUGAAGACCAUCCUGGUGCUGGACGACGACACCCGGCCGGCCAUCAUGCAGGCCUGCCACCCGAAGGGCGAGUCCCGCUUCUGCCUGCAGCUGAAGCCAGGCGGUCUGAUCCGCGUCCACACCUCCGCCCUGCAGCCCAGCUCCCAGUACAAGUCGCUGGUCAUCAGCGAGGAGACCACCAGCGACGAGCUGCUGCACCUGCUCCUGGGCUGCUACAGUUCGCCGGAGCCCGUCGAGAACUUCUCGCUGUACGAGGUGUGCCCCGGGCAGGAGUGCCAGCGGAAACUGCAUCCGGACGACCUGCCGCUGCGCACCCAAAUGGAGCGGAUGAAGCGGGGCGAGGGGUGCCACUUCCUGGUGCGGCGGACGCCCCACUACGCGCGCCGGCGACAGCUGCUGGUCAACCUGAACGAGGCGAUUGGCCAGGCGGGUGAGGCGGCGGAGGAUGCCACCAGUCUGCUGGAGCUCUCCUUGGAAUCGGACCUCUCGCUUUCCGAGGAUCUGCGAAGCUGCAGCAGCCGGAGCAGCAGCGAGGACGCGGAGGAUGAGGACGAGUGGGCCAGCAGCUCCGGCUCCUCGGACACCUCCACGGAGUGCACCCUGCGCCGGGACUUCUACCUCCCCGCAGCUCCCCCCGCCCCGCAGGUGGCUGUCCCUGACUCCGUCUCCCCCGCACCUGCCCUUGCCCCCGCCCGAGCCUACAGCCCCGUGUACAACAUACGCGAGAUUCGCACCGCCUCCCACUCGUUCUCCUCGCUGGGCAAGGACAAGAAGCUGCUGGACAUCCACAUGAACGCCCGUUUCGCAUCCGCCGGACUCUACGGCAGACUGAUGCCCGUGGCGGAGGCCGAGGGGCAGGACCUGAACGGCAAUCCUGCCACCAAGCUCGCGGCGGAGGCCGUCAAUAACAACCCGGCCAAGGGACUGGGGCACUUUGUCUACCUGUAGCGAAUUGGCAAUUAGUCAGGAUGUACGAAUGCAUGGCAACCCGUAAACCAUUGAGAUCGUCACCUAUGAGAGCUCCAACAAUAAGAGCAGAAAGCGAGAACCGUUUGGACCAAAGAUGCAUUUGUAGUUUAAGCAUUUCGAUUGGAAACUGUAAAUAGAAACUAGAAUCCUAAGAUUAGUUACGAUAAGUUUAGUUUUUCUCACACUAAUAAUGGACAUUAAUCCUUAGUGUAAUGCAAAGAAACCAUCUGCUAACAAUCCCAAAUCAAAGGAGUCUAUAGCUUAAUGCUUUAGUCUCGCAACUAAAGCUUCAAUAAGAGUAAGAAUCUGAAAGCUUGUGGCUAACGUUCGUGUAUAAACCAAAAGAUAUUAUAAUAACAAGCCCUAAUUACGUAAAACCGA